AUGCAGCAGCUACGAGUGGAGACAGAUGCCAUCGGGGCCGGCGAGGGGCCGCAGCGCGCGGUGCCCUGGUCAGCCUGGGUCUCUCGGGAGGGCUGGGUGCGCUGGUGCAUGUGUCACGUGCCCCCGAGCUGGACCCAGUGGUGGGCUACGUCCGGCUGGCGGCAGCCACUGCAGCGUGUGCUGUGGGGUCUGGAGGGGAUCCUCUACCUGCUGCUGGCCCUCAUGCUGUGUCACGCACUCUUCACCACCGGCUCCCACCUCCUGAGCUCCCUGUGGCCCGUGGCGGCUGCGGUGUGGCGCCAUCUGCUGCCGGCCAUCCUGCUGCUGUUGCUCAGCGCCCUGCCCGCACUGCUCUUCACUGCCUCCUUCCUGCUGCUGUUUUCCACACUACUGAGCCUCAUAGGCCUCCUCACCUCCAUGUCUCACCCAGGCAAUGCUCAGGACUUGGACCAAUAG